AUGAAAUACUUAUUUUCCCCAAUCUAUCUAUCUAUCUAUCUAUCUAUCUAUCUAUCUAUCUAUCUAUCUAUCCUCUUCAUAUAUAUCUUUCUACCUCUGUCUCUUUCUAUCUAUCUAUCUAUCUAUCCUCUUCAUAUAUAUCUUUUCAUUUCUAUUUAUCUCUUUGUAUCUAUCUGUCACAGCCUCUUCAUAUCAAUCUGUCUUAUCAAUAUAUUUAUCUCAUUCUCCUUAUCUAUCAAUCUAUCUAUCUCAAUCUCUUUGUAUCAAUAUAUCUAUCUCAUUCUCUUAUCUAUCUAUCUAUCUAUCUAUCUAUCUAUCUAUCUAUCUAUCUAUCUAUCUAUCUAUCUUCAUUAUCUAUCAUAUCUAUCUAUCUAUCUAUCUAUCUAUCUAUCUAUCUAUCUAUCUAUCUCAGUCUCUUCUAUUCAUCUAUCUAUCUAUCUAUCUAUCUAUCUAUCUAUCUAUCUCAGUCUCUUCAUUAUCUAUCUAUCUAUCUAUCUAUCUAUCUAUCUAUCUAUCUAUCUAUCUAUCUAUCUAUCUCAGUCUCUUCAUUAUAUCUAUCUAUCUAUCUAUCUAUCUAUCUAUCUAUCUAUCUAUCUAUCUAUCUAUCUCAUCUCAUUUUCUAUUCAUUAUCUAUCUAUCUAUCUAUCUAUCUAUCUAUCUAUCUAUCUAUCUAUCUAUCUCAGAGCCCUUCCUCUCCCCCCCCCCCAUCCGUUCCUCACUUCAACCCUCAGGCGACGUAAGGGUAUAAAUGUUAUCCUGCACAAUUCUUCUUCUUACAUACCGAAACUUCUCUCUCUCUCUCUCUCGCUUUGUUUCUCUCUCUAUCUUUCACUCUCUCUCCAUCUCUCUCUCUCUCAUCGUUUUCCGGCAUUUAAUCGGUUGCCUGAAAAACAAAGUUGUUUAUUCGUUCGCCCAGAUUUUUCUCCUGAAUCCCUUGGGAACUUUCGCCUUUGA